AUGGAGCUGGUAAAGCGUGGGGAGAUGCAGACGCUUUUGGGACCUGGAGCGACCGUCCGCCGGCUGAUGGGCCUGUGGUGGCCGCGGCGUGGUCGAGGGCGCGCGCGGUCGGCUGUGUGCGCCGCCGUGUCGCUGGUCUCCCUCGCGUGGCUGCCGACUUUCUCGGGCCUCAAGCUCAUCAUUGACCCCCCACCAGAGCUGGAAGAGAUCGCAAUGUGCUACCUGCUUAUUUUUGCGUGUACUGGAUUUCUGACCAAGGCAGCUUUCUUCAUCUACAAAGGCAACACUAUGAAGGAACUGCUACAGCUGUUGUCAGACACGAGGAGACUCUACUGUGACGGCGAAAUCAGCGAGGUCAUCCGGAGCUCUUACCUACAGCAGUCACGUAGAGUUUAUCGCUAUAUGCAGGGAGCAAUUUGCUUGGCGAUGGUGUUUUGGGUCUCCACUCCAAUACUCGUCCGUGCUUUCCUCAGUUCUGACGAAGAUUCUCCUGAGUCGUAUCGUCUAUUUCCUGUGCCUCUCUGGUUUCCGGGAAACAUUUAUCGAUCACCCACAUAUGAAAUACUCUACGGUGUUCAAUCUUUCAGCGUACUAGUAGCCGCUCAGUCUACGAAAACAAAUGCGAAACCUAAAACAUACGGAGAUCAGGAGUCGAGAAUUAUCAUCGAUGGAAAGACUAAAGAACUGGCCUUUCGACACAAUGGCCAUUUUACAAGAAAGGCAUUGUCAGAAGAGGAUUCAGAUGAAAAGAUGCGUCUGCAGCUGGUGAAGAAUAUUCAUCAUCAUCAGGUAAUCCUCAGAUCCGUCCUCCUGUUGCAGAACAUAAUGACUGUGUCAAUCUUCAUCCUUCUUUUCGUUAAUAUGGUGGAUUUAUGUACCUGCAUAUUCGUUGGUGCUGUGCUGUUGCAGAGAGACGGGAACGUGACAAAAGCGUUGAAGCCACUAUCGACAGUACCACCUCUCCUCUACGAAACUGGCCUGUUCUGUAUCUUUGGUCAGAUCUUAACCGACCAGAGCGAGAAGUUGGCUGACUCCGCCUUCAGCUGCGGAUGGGUCGACUGCGACGAUCGAUUCAAGCGGGAUUUGCUGUUUCUCCUCAUGUCUGCCAGGAAGCCUCUGGAGAUCACGGUGGGAAAGAUGAGCAAGUUAUCUAAACAGAUGUUUGUGCAGGUGCUGAAUGGAUCUUAUGGACUGCUGAAUUUGCUGUAUCAUUUUCAAAGCAUACAGUAA